CACUUCCGCCCAUCUUCUUCCUACAUUGCCAGGAGCUUCAGGGCAGAGCGGAAGUGACACACCAAAAGAGUUUCUGCGACUCGUGGGUUGUGGAGGAGAGAAAAGCUCGCGGGGCUGUCUGUUCUUCACGCUGGAGGGUCUUAUGUACCCCAGGCUGGCCUUGAACUGACAGCAUAGCUGACACUGCCCUUGCACCUCGUCCUCUACUGGAUCACAGACAAGUGCCAGUUUCUGUGGUGCUGGGGACUAAACCCUUGUGCAUGGUAGGCAACCUUCUACCUGGUUUCCGUAUGCUGUCAUCUGCACACGUGGUCCCUACAAGUGUGCGACGUGCCCCAUCGUGGAUCUGCAGCUCUUCCCGUUCCUUCAUGGAUCUGAAGGCUCUUCUCUCUUCCUUGAAUGACUUUGCCUCCCUCUCAUUUGCUGAGAGCUGGGACAAUGUGGGGUUGCUGGUGGAGCCAAGCCCGCCCCAUACUGUAAAUACACUCUUCCUGACCAAUGACCUGACGGAGGAGGUCAUGGAGGAGGCUCUGCAAAAGAAGGCAGAUCUCAUUCUCUCCUACCAUCCACCUAUCUUCCGGCCCAUGAAGCACAUAACUUGGAAGACCUGGAAGGAGCGCCUUGUGAUCCGGGCUCUGGAGAACAGAGUCGCCAUCUACUCUCCCCACACGGCCUAUGACGCCGCACCCCAGGGAGUCAACAGCUGGUUGGCCAAAGGGCUCGGAACUUGCACUACCAGGCCCAUCCACCCUUCCAAAGCUCCGAACUACCCCACAGAGGGAACUCACCGACUAGAAUUCAGUGCGAACCACAGCCAAGACCUGGACAAAGUCAUGUCUGCUGUGAAAGGGGUUGGAGGUGUCUCUGUCACCUCUUUUCCUGCCAGGUGUGAUGGUGAGGAGCAAACACGGGUCAGUCUGAAUUGUACUCAGAAGGCUUUGAUGCAGGUGCUAGCUUUUCUCUCCCAGGACAGACAACUUUAUCAGAAAACUGAAAUUCUUUCUUUGGAGAAGCCUUUGCUUCUGCAUACUGGAAUGGGACGCUUGUGCACACUGGAUGAGUCUGUCUCCCUGGCAACAAUGAUAGAACGAAUCAAAAGACACCUAAAGCUGCCUCAUCUUCGCUUAGCUCUUGGAGUGGGGAGGACCUUAGGGCAUAGGAUGGCCUCAAACAACUGUUCCUUUUGCUUCUAUCUCCGAAGUACUGGGAUUCAAGUGUAUAUUGCUAUUAUUCAUAGUCUCCAGUCAAAGUUGUGGCCCUGUGUGCUGGUUCUGGGGGCAGCGUUCUACAAGGAGUAGAGGCCGACCUUUACCUCACAGUGCAGGGCCUUGAACCCAGAGCCUCCUGCAUGCAAAAAAACAAAAACCCAAAAACCACUGUGCUCCUGAACUAUGCCACCAGCCGCUAAUAUGUUUUGAACUUGAACUGAACAGGAAUCAUAUCCAAUCGAAGGCAAACUGCGUUGUCUGUAGAGGGAAGAAAUCACUUGACAAUCUGUUUGCCCCAAGCUGAUUUCGGUGGGUAUUAGCCACUUUUCUUCUCGGAUUUCAUGUCAGCAAGUGGACUGCUUUCUCCCUUGCAGUCUGGGGUGGAGAGAGGUCCCUUUUGGCCCAAAAGGCAGGUCAAGCUCUGAAAUCUUUUUUGAAACCUUCCCUUAUAUUCUACCCAAAGUACUGCAUUGUGCCUCUGAUGAUCCCCAAAUUAGUUUUUACUGGUUGUGUUUUGGUGUUUAUUUUUAUUGUAUGUGCCACAGUACACAUGUGGAACUCAGAAGGCAACUUUUAGGAAUUGGUUCUCAUCAUGUGGGUUCCUGGGAUUGGUCUUGUGUUGUCUGCUUGAGGACAGGAACCCUUAAUCACGGAGGCUCCUCGCCAGCACCAAACCUUUGAGGCAGGGUGUGGCAGUAGCCUCUCCAACCCAGAUAAGCCCACGCAGACAAAACACAACUCAGUUAAUAGAAUACAAGAUGCCCACCUCGACUGGGCAGAUGCACCACUGCACUACCCUGUCCCCAGCUAGGAGAUCCCCUAUAACUUGUGGUUUUUCCAGGCCUUGUGCUUCAGUUCCAUCUUCCUCCUCCUCUUCCUCAUCAGCCCCCUCUCUUCUCUCUCCCCCACCCUUCAGCUCCACCUUCCCUUCCCCUGCCCAAUCGAUGGCUCUCGCCUUUAUUUUACAAGUUAACAUGGGGAGGUUCUGAUGAAGUCACCUGAGUACUGAGUACUUGACUAGGCAGCCCUUCUUGGGGAAGCAGAAUUAGCAUCAAAAACACAAACAGCUCCAGGGCAGUCCACAACAGCAGGGUCCCAGAGUGGUCUUUGCUGGCCUGGAGCUCAUCUUAUAGACCAAGCUGACCCUGAACUCAUAGAGAUCUCCCGCUCCUGCGUGCUGAGACUAAAGGUGUGCACCGCCAUACCUGACUGUUUCUGGCUUGACGUGGCCUGUGUACCUUACUGGCCUUACACAGCCGUGUGUUAACUAGUCUGGUCUUGAACUUACAACAGCUGUAAUUCUUUUGCCUGUUUCCAGUGGCUAAGAUGAUGGACUUGUGCUACCAUGCCAACCCCAAAUUUAAGUUCCCAGUGUCAAUAUGAUGGACUAGCCAUUCACCAUGGACUCCUCAUGCAGCCUAUGCCUGAGAGCUCUCCACACUUACAGUGCCUUUGGUUGUGGCCUCUUUUUGUACUUUCAGUGAUAAGUUCAAAACAAAACAAACAAAACCAAACCCUAUUCUCUAACUCUCUUGAGCCUGUUUCUUUGUACUGACUCCACUGUGCAUUUCUGGUGCACGAACCGCACCUCGAUUGAUUUCUGGCCCCUAGGCUUCCACUCUGUCUGAGGACAUAAUCUAAAAGACACUGAUUGCUUAACUUUAUUUAUUUAGUUUGUGUUUUGAGACAGGGUCUCACAAAGUAGCCCUGACUGACCUAGUGAAAGACCCCCGGAGCGGGGAGACCCUCACUCAAGUCUCGGGAUGACUCGACCCCCCAAGAACUCACACUAGACCGUCCUUGAUGUAAUCACAUGAGGUUUAUCGAUAGCAACCAGUGCACUGGGGUCGAGACUCGUAUCCCACGCAGGGGCAGUGGAGUUCGACCCCGAGAGGCUGGGAGAAGAGGUAUUUAAAGGGAGAAACCACAACCCGAGGGGGCAGGGAUGGCGUCAUAGAAUAACAGUGAAAAAUCACAAGGAAGAACUCUGUCCCCCAAGAUUGUUUCCGAGGAGAAGCUGUCUCCUACUUCUCAGACUGUUUAACUUCAUGGUCCGCUAGUUCCUAGGAGAAGUUGUUUCCUGCUUCUCAAGAUUGUUCUCUAAGAUUUGAGGUUAGCUAGUUUCUGGGAGAAAGCUGUUGAGCUGGCCAGUGUAAUUACCCAUUCUAUAGCCCUAGGAGAGGCUUCUUGGAACAUACAAUUCUGGGGCCUAACCUGUUUUCUUUUCUUCUGCUCUAAACUUUGUGUCUAGGGGGGCAACUUUAAAACUUUUACCUUUCACUAGAACUUGUGUAGACCAGGUUAACCUGAAAAUAAAUAGACUCACCUGCUUUUGCCUCAAGUGCUGGGAUUAAAGGCUUGUGCCACCAUGUCUUUCUCUUGUUUGUUGAAAUUAAGUCUUAGAGUGAAGGCUAGGCCAACCUCAAAGCUGUCAUCCUUCUGCGCCAGUGUGUACCCAGCUUAGCCCUGGUUAAUUUUUAUUGAAAAAAUGUUUUGAGGCUUGGGAAUGCCCAGUUGGUGCAGUGCUCAUGCAUGCAUGAGGGCCCCAGUUUGCUCCAGGGCCCAUGUGCAGCAGGCCAUGCCUGUAGUCCCAGUGCUAGGGAACAAAUAGGAGAGCUGUGGGCUCACUGUCACCCAGUCUAGAGGACUUGCUGAGCUCCACGUUCAACAAAAGACCUUGUCUAAAAAUAAUAAGGUGGAGAAAAAAUUAGAAGUGUACUGAUUUCCUGUGUUGGCAUGAGGGACUGUCGUAGUUCUGAGUUAUUUUAUACAAAGAGCCACUGAGGGACGUGUCAGCCGUCAGCAGCACUUAUGGCCAAAUGGUUCCAGAAUAAAUGCAUGCCUGUGUGUAUGUACAUAGUCCUUUUCAUACAUAUAGAAGGCUUUGGAUUUGUCAUGACUAUAUCCUUAAACCAAGCAGACAAAGAGGAAGUUUAACUAAAGAAGUGUUGGGUGGCUCACAGACAGCACAGCCAGAGUAAGCAUCAUGGGUAGUGAAGCAAUCCCAUGGGAAACCCCUUAAGUGCAUAGGGACAGACAGCAUUUGACCUGGUUACUGUUCAGAGAUAGGGCCAAAAAUUUGAGGUGCACCUGCUUGUCCACCUCUGCUGCUUAGGGUAGCACAGAGGGAGGGAGGGACCUGGAGGAGCAGGCUGGGGUGGAGAGUCAACCCUGUUUCCCUCACUGCUUCUCUUGGAUCUGUUUUAUUUUCUAGCACUGUCUUAUUUUAGGUUUCUCUGACCCUUCCAUGUAUGUAUGGGCAUGGCCACCCUGUCACUCUCAGUGGAUCCUCUCCUUUCCCUCCCUACCAGUUCCUCUCUUCUUCUCGUCCUGAUGAUCUGUGAGCUUCAUUAGAGUUGUCCAACCCUCUUCUGCCCUCUGUGGGCACUCAUACACUCAUGGUGUGCACUCUCAAACUUACAGACACAUACAGUUAUGAACAAACUAGUUCUGAAAAGCUAUAAUAUGUGCAGAAGGUAAAUUCAAGCAAUUGCAAAGCGUUACAUUUUAAGAUUUAUUUAUUAUAUUUAAGUACACUGUAGCUGUACACACCACAAGAGGGCAUCAGAUCCCAUUACAGACGGUUGUGAGCCACCAUGUGGUUGCUGGGAUUUGAACUUGGGACCUCUGAAAGAACAGUCAGUGCUCUUAACCUCUGAGCCAUCUCUCCAGCCUGUUAAGGUAUUUUUAAAGGGUGCUCGAAUACAAACUGUUCCCAACAAUGAACUGAUACAAUUGUCUAGAGUUGAAAAUAGCUCACUUUCCCAACACAUUUUUUUUCCUAUUUAUACAGUUUAAAAUAAUGUAUAAAUGGUGAGCGACUUAAAUUCUAUGACUUGGGAGGCAGGUGGAGCUCUGAAUUUGAAGUUAGCUUAUUCUAUAGAGUGGUUCUCAGGACAGCCAGAGCUACACAAAGAAACCCUGUUUUGAAAAAACAAAACAACAACAAAUAUUUUUUUUUUUUUUUUUCGGAGCUGGGGACCGAACCCAGGGCCUUGCGCUUCCUAGGUAAGCGCUCUACCACUGAGCUAAAUCCCCAGCCCCCAAAUAUUUUUUAAAAGUUAUUUGUAAUGGCUUUAUGUCAGUAACACUGGUCAAAGUUUAACUUUUUAUGAACAAACCAAAUUGUACAUGACACACACACAGGCACCGACAUGUUCUUUGAGAGUUUCAUGUUUUGAUUAUAUCCAUCUCCUCUUCCCCAGUGUUUUUGUUCUCAAAUUAUCAAAUUCACAAGUGGUGCUUUUAAAAAUCCAAAACAUAUUUGAGUUUUCCCUAUAUUUUCUCACAUUAACUUUUUUUCUUGUUUUUUGAGACAGGGUCUUCCUGUGUAGCCUUGGCUGUUCUGGAAUUCAUUCUGUAGACCAGUCUAGCCUCAAACUCAGGAUUCCCCUGCCUCUCCCUAUGAGUGUUGGGGUUAAAGGUGUGUGCACAACCCAGACACAAUAACUUCCUAGCAA